UCAGCGGCGAGAAGGCGGCACGGGAGCGGCCAGAGCUGGCACCACAGCCUCCCCCUGCACCUUGCUCCCGGGCGCACGGACUCCAGGCUUUCCAGCCCUCAGACCGUCUCCCCCUGUCCUCCCCCGCGCGCUUUGACGUCGGCCGCGGGCUGCCCGGGGCUCCAGGCAUUGGCUGGCAAAGUCGAUUGUCUGGGGCGGCUGCUGUUACACUUAGGCUGGGUCUCCGGGCCGGGAGGAAGCAGGCGUGUGUUGAAUUUCUCUUUGACCCUCACGGUGGAAUAAACAGGAAGCGAAGAGCACCCAGCCGGGCUUUGCACUUGCCUUUGUUGUGGGCUCUGCACUCUACAAGCUGAAGGAGGCUUCCUGGGACCCCUGCCCCGUGUGCCGUCUGGGCACGGCUGGGGGCGCGCCCUAACUUCAGGCCCUACAUUUGCAGCAUCAGACCCCUGUUCUCUCCCUGGACGGUUUCUAAGGACGGACCUCAGGCUUUGUGUAAUUCAGAGCAAGAACAGAAGCAAAGCACUGAGAGGAGCAGAUCAGAGCAGCCUGUGAGCCCUGGGUGAGGCUGAGCCUGCUCACUUUCUGGAAGAUGUUGGCUACUAUGAGGCUGAGGAGCCCUUCACUUUGAGGCAGGAGAGCAGGUUUCAGCAGGAAAGCUUCACCAUUCCCGACCUCACCAUGGCUUCAACUCUCUGGCUGGACGGCUGAUGUGACUGUGCCCCACAUGAUAUUGGACUGUGUGGCAUCCAGGUAGUGCCUGCUUACAGCCAGUGGGCAUCAGAUGCUCCCCAAAGCUGGACCAGCAGAGUGAUGGACUUGGACGGGCUAAGAUGGAAGUGACCUGAGGCCUUGCCCAGACAGUUUCUUCACAACAGGACAGCUUAAGAAUUGAAACGCAGGCUUGUCUGGGGAGCAGUAUGCAGGAAGCUGGUUUUCAGGCCACAAAUGCGUUCACAGAGUGCAAAUUCACCUGCACCAGCGGUAAAUGCUUGUAUCUCGGUUCGCUGGUCUGUAACCAACAGAAUGACUGUGGGGACAACAGUGAUGAAGAAAACUGUCCCCUGGUGACUGAGCAUCCACCUCCAGGCAUCUUCAACUCGGAGCUGGAGUUUGCACAGGUCCUCAUCAUUGUCCUGGUGGUCACGGUGAUGGUGGUGGUCGUUGUAUGCCUGCUGAACCACUACAAAGUCUCCACACGUUCCUUCAUCAAUCGCCCCAACCAGAGCCAGAGACAGGAAGACGGGCUGCAGCCGGAAGGGUCCCUGUGGCCUUCUGACAGCUCCGUGCAGCGGCCAGGGGCUUCAGAGAUCAUGUGUGCCCCACGAGGCAGGGAUAGGUUUACGACUCCAUCCUUCAUCCAGCGGGAUCCAUUCAGUCGUUUCCAGCCCACUUACCCCUACGUGCAGCACGAGAUUGACUUGCCUCCCACCAUCUCCCUGUCAGAUGGGGAGGAGCCACCUCCUUACCAGGGACCCUGCACCCUGCAACUCCGGGACCCAGAGCAGCAGAUGGAACUCAACCGAGAGUCUGUGAGGGCCCCACCCAACCGAACCGUGUUUGACAGUGACUUGAUAGACAUUUCUAUGUACAACGGGGGACCAUGCCCACCAAGCAGCCACUCAGGCAUCAGUGCAGCUACCUGUAGCAGUAACGGGAGGAUGGAGGGGCCGCCUCCAACCUACAGUGAGGUGAUGGGUCACUACCCAGGCACUUCGUUCUACCACCACCAGCACAGCAACGCACACAGGGGCAGCAGACCACAGUUUCAGCCGAACAACUCAGAGGGCACAAUAGUACCCAUCAAGGGCAAAGAUAGGAAGCCUGGGGACCUGGUCUGAAUCCCUCCACAGUGCACUUUUCAAGGAGAGAAAAACCUCGGCAGGGAGAGAGAGAGAGAGAGCACGUGCGAGAGAGCGAGGCCUGCAGGGCCCCCUGCCACAGUGUUUUCCAGCUCUACAUGGUACAGCUGAGUAAAACCAAAUGUGCAAACAUGGUCUUCGUUUCUGAUUCCUUUCACGGGAAUUGCAUGCAAACAAGACUGAAACAAUACAAACUUCCAUCUGGUCUGGCCACACACAGUGUUCAUCUGGGGGCGGGGUGGAGUCAGGGCUAGAGAUGGCCUAAUCUUGGCAAAGGGCGUGCAAAGAGAACGGAGAAGGCUGCUUUGAAGACAUCAUGAAAGUAAGACCCACAGAGGUAUUUUUGACAUAUUUAAUUCCAAAAGGAGACUACAGAUAAAUGAGGCCAGAAUGGCCUGUUUUAUAAGUAACUGAAUAAAGAAGGAAGAAUUAUUAUAUCUUAUCAUGAGGAAGAGUCAGCCAGUUUGCUUUUUCUCCAAAGGUGUGAAACUUUUAUUUUGUUUUAAAAAUAUGAGUCGAAACUCCUGUUUUGUGUGCCAAGGUAUAAAGUUGGAGAAGUUAAAGGAGUGAGAGGAACUGAUUUGUGUUGUGAUGGUAUGUUUUAAGAGUUGCACUAUCUUAAUGUUUAAAAAUAUGGAUGAGGGAAACUGUAUUGUGUGACGUUUCUGUAUGUCGUCUUGUCACCUAUGGAUGGCUGUUAUGCCCAAGGAACAUCCUCAAGUGUCCACAGAGUCAUAUAAGAAAGGUAUUUGGGAAUGUGCCCUGGUGUUUACCAAGUUACAUAUAUUUUAAAAAGUGGUUAUGUUGCAAGAAUUUGCAGCCAGAAACAGUGUGUUACUGAGGUAUUUGGAGAGGCUGGGAAAAAUAAACACCUGCAUUGGGUAUCAAGUGUCAUGCAGAGCUAGCCUUAUUUCCAGCAGUGCCAGCAAUUUAGACUUUUUUCACUGUAGCAUGAAAUAUAUUCAGACACAUACCCUAUUUUAUGCAAUAAAUUGUUUAAAAUGCAAGAUGGUUAUUUUGUGUACUGCUGAACUGUGGGGCUCAGUGAGUCCCAUUGCCUCUCCCCUCUCCUAGGCAGUUCUGUUGAGUUCUGCGAGGGAGCUCUGUUCAGCACCUGGCACCAGCAGUUGCCCCCAAACCCACUUGGCAUUCUAAGUGCCAUGCUGGUAAUGGCCCCUUAUGUUUAAUAUGCUCCUGGACCCAAGAGAACAAGAAGUUUGGCAUAAUAAUAAGCCAUUACAUAUCACCAGUGUUGCAUGUUAGAGGAAUCUGGCACAGACCUUCCCAGACUCAUGCCAGACUCACUUCUGCUAGCUAGUCUUUUCACUGUGGUCAGUUAGAGAACAGAAGGUGGUGGGUGGGGUAGAGACUCAGGACAAGGCAUGGCAGGCAAAGCUGCAGCUGGAAAAUC